GAUGAAAUCUGGAUUAUGGGAUAAUAUGAGAAAGAUGGUCACUCUGAUUGAUGAUCUAAGAGAUUGUGGUGUUUAAGAUUACAUUAAAUUACCAAGAAUAUGUGUUGUUGGAAUGUAGAGUGCAGGAAAGAGUAGUUUAUUGGAAAAUAUUUGUGGAUUGGAUUUCUUACCUAGGGGUGAUGUAAUUGAUUAAUUGCUAUUCAAAAAAAGGGUGUUGUAACUCGUAGACCUUUGGAAUUGCGUCUUGUACAUAUUCAAGAAAGAUUAUCACCUUGGGCAAUCUUCAAAGAAGUACCAGAAAAAAAGUUUACAGAUUUUACUAAAGUUCGUGAAGAAAUUGAUAGAUUAACAGAUGCAAAGGCUGGAUAAAGAAAGAGUAUAAUCAUUUUUAGAAUAUAGAUAUAUUACCUGAUCCUAUCGAAUUGACAAUUUGGUCACCUGAUUGUCCAGAUCUUACAAUUAUAGAUUUACCAGGAAUCACUUUAAUACCAUUAAGAGAUUCUGAUCAACCUGACAAUAUUGAAGAAAUUACAUUAAAUAUGUGCAAAAGGUAUUUUUAAUUUAUGAAACUAUAGAUAUUGUGAAGAUGAACGAACCAUCAUUCUAUGUGUAAUGCCUGCAAGUUAAGAUAUAACUACAUAGAGAUCUUUGAAAUUAGCUCGUCAACUUGAUCCAGAUGGUAUCAGAACUAUUGGUGUGAUUACUAAAAUUGAUAUUAUGGGAGAGGGUUCAGAUGCAUCCAAAGUAUUGUUGAAUGAGGAAGUCAAAUUGCGAUUAGGUUAUAUUGGAGUCAAAAAUAGAAGCUAAUAAGAUAUUAUUAACAAAGUUCCUGUCUAAAAAGCACUUCGUUAAGAAGAGGAUUAUUUUUAAAAUGAUCCUCGAUAUGCAGGAAUUCCUUAAGAUAUAUUAGGAACUAGAGCAUUAAUUGAAAAAUUGACGACUGUCUUAUAUCAACAUAUUAGAAAAUGUUUACCAGAUAUUAUCAAAGAAAUUGAUACUAAAAGUGAUGAAUGUGAAGAUAAACUCAAAUUACUUGGUACUGAAUUACCAAGAGAUUAAAAAGAUAAAGUCUAAUUAGUUUUUAAUUUACUUCAAGAUUAUACAGAUGGAUUUAAAAAUACAAUGGAUGGAAAAUAUGAUAAAAAUGAAGCUACUAUUACUGAUGAAGAAAAGAAAAUUGAACUUACAGGAGGAGCUAAAAUUAAAUAAAUGUUUAACGAAUUAUAUUAAGAAUUUGCAGAUGAAAAAUAUCAUGUUACUGAUUGUUAUUUAGAUAAAGAUAUUGAAUUGGCUGAUCAAUUACAUUAAGGUGAUAGCAUUCCUGGAUUUCCAUCUUUUGAUAGUUUUCUUUAUUUAAUUGUUCCUUAAGUUUAAGCACUCAUUAGACCUGCUUAAGAUGUUUUAGAUCAGAUAUUUUAAUAUAUGGAUGAAAUCAGUUAACAAAUAUUAAGAAAAGUAUUCAAUUCUUUUUUUAUUUAGGUAUUCACUAGAUUCCCUUCAGUACUAGAUGAAAUCUCAGAAAUGAGUCGCAAAGUCAUAGAGUCUCAAAGAGCCAAAGCUGAAUAAGUUGUGAUCAAUUAAAUUGAAGCAGAAAUGAAUUACAUCUAUACAAAUGAUGAAGAAUACUUAACUACAAAAGCAGAUCUUGUAUUUAAAUAAAACUCUAAGACAAUUGAUCCAAAAAAGAUCUUAGUUAGAGAACUCAGAAAUAGAGUUGAUCUCUAUUACAAAAUCUUAAUUAGAAAUCUUAGAGAUAGCAUUCCAAAAGUAAAUACUCUUUUAAUAAUUUUAGUAUAUUGGGUAUUAUCUAGUGAAAUAAACUUUGGACAAAAUGCAAUUGGUUUUAUAUGAUCAAAUGAAUAAAAGUGAUAAUGUUUUCUAAAUGUUAGAAGAAGUAAAUGCAUUCCUAUUUAUUAAUUCUAGCCUGUCUACAUCCUAUAGGAAAGAUAAUAACUCUAAAAAACUUUGAAGGCAUUGAAGUAGGCAAAGAAAGUACUUAAAUAAGACCCAGAGUAAUUAUUUUAUCCAUAAUGCAAGUCUUUCGAAGGGCCGUGGUUGAUU